CUUCGAUCUCUUCUCUCCUCCCCUCUCCAACUAGUCCAAUUGAUCCAGUUCUCAAGCGUUCAAAGUCACAGUCGUAGACAAUGCCAUUCCCCCUCAACCCCUCGGUUGGGCGCAAGUGGGCGGCGCGUGUCCUCGGAUAUACCCAUGCCGUCCACACCCACACCCACACCCACACCCACACCCACACCCACACCCACACCCACCCGCGCGCUCAGUUCCAAAAUAUCGCCUACCUCCCUCCUGAACACAACCGCGUCAUCUACUGUAGAAUCCCAAGUGAUCACGCGCACCCUGUUUUCUGCCGAUGCCGAGAGCGGUAUGGGACCUGUCCCGAAGGACGAGGGUCGGCGGGCGGAGGAGCGCAAAGGGACGGAAGAAGGGACCGGCUACGGCAUCGGGUUGGAAGGGUCUGGACUGCACUGGGUGGACUGGUGCAGGGUGGAAGUGUGCGCAUUUCGCAGACCUCGCCAUGGACCAUGGGCCAUGGGCCAUGGGGCAUGGGGCCAUGAGCUACACGCCACGAUGCCUGGGCCAACGUUGGAUGCGUACGCUGGCUAUGCUGGCAAGAUGAGAAUAGCAGCCACGAGGGAUCAAGACUAGAUCCAACUCUAUCGAAACACCCCAGAUGUGCCGACGCGUCCUGUGCCUCAUCUUUUAAUUCACUCGUACGCGAACUCUGCGACGAUAGGACGAUGAACGUUAUUGUCACCGUCACCGUGGGAGAGCUCGUGUCGAGAGAUCAGGGCUGUGUGGGAGUUGAUGGGGAGAGGGGAGGGCUUGUCAGAGUGGAUAUUCUAACGCGGACGGCGCGGCCUCUCUAUAAUCUACAGAGCUGGAGAGAUGAUCGAGGACGCGGUGGCGGUUGGCUGGUGCUUAGCGUCAGUAUUGAGACUUCCUCUAAGCUCCUCGUUUUGCCUUGUCGCGUUAGGACGACGACACGUAUGAAGCAUUCAAAUUG